AUGAGAAACUUGGCAUCGUUGAUUCUUUUCGUUGUCUGUUGGAUAACUGGAGUUCUUCUUGGGCAAAUAAAUGCUCAAAUUGAUACAUGUCCAAUACAAUGUGUGAAUACGCUGGGUGGAAGGACAUGCAUUGGAAGAUCGUCAAUGUGCGAUGGAACUCGGGAUUGUAUGGAUGGAAGUGAUGAAGAUCCAAAAUAUUGUGGUGUCAGCUGUAGUUCAAAUGAAAUUCGUUGUACGAAUUCGACUGGUGGCCGAUCAUGUGUAUCUAAAUUAUCAAUGUGCAAUGGAGUUCGGGAUUGUGCUGAUGGAAGUGAUGAAGAUGUAAACUAUUGCAAAAUGAAUUGUAAUUCAAAUGAACUCCGAUGUUUGAGUUCUGCUGGUGGUCUAUCAUGUAUACCUAAAACAUCAAUGUGUAAUGGUGUUCGGGAUUGUAUUGAUGGAAGUGAUGAAGAUCCAAAGUAUUGUACUAUUAGUUGUAAUUCUGGUGAAAUUCGAUGUGUGAAUCCAGGCAAUGGACGAGCAUGCGUACCUAAAGCAUUCGUGUGUGAUAAAUUCAAGGAUUGUGAUGAUGGAAGUGAUGAAGAUCCAAAGUCUUGCAUUGCCAAUUGUAAUUCGGAUGAAAUCAGAUGUGUGAGUCCAAGCAAUGGACGAUUAUGUGUACCUAAAACAUCAGUGUGCAAUGGCAUUCGAGAUUGUGUUGAUGGAAGUGAUGAAGAUCCAAAAUAUUGUGCUGUCACAUGUCCUGCAAACGAAGUACGAUGUGUGAAUCCAAGUGGCGGGCGAACAUGUGUACCUAAAUCAUCAAUGUGCGACGGCAGUCGGCACUGCAAUGAUGGAAGCGAUGAAGAUCAAAAGUAUUGUGCUGCUGGUUGUCUUGCGGGUGAAAUGCGAUGUGUGACUCCAGGUGUUGGACGAUCAUGUGUACCUAAAUCAUCAAUGUGCGAUGGCAUUCGGGAUUGUGCUGAUGGAAGUGAUGAAGAUCCAAACUAUUGCCCUGUAAACUGCAAUUCGGGUGAAAUUCGAUGUUUGAAUCCCACUGGUGGUCUAUCAUGUGUAUCUAAAUUAUCAAUGUGCAAUGGUGUUCGAGACUGUGCUGAUGGAAGUGAUGAAGAUCCAAAGUAUUGUGUUGUUAGUUGUAAUCCAGGUGAAGUCCGAUGUGUUAAUCCUGGCGUUGGACAAUUGUGUGUUUCGAGAUCAUCGAUAUGUGAUGGAACUCGAGAUUGUGCUGAUGGAAGUGAUGAAGAUCCAAAAUAUUGUGCUGCCACUUGUAAUACUGGUGAAGUUCGAUGUGUAAAUUCGAGCACUGGUCGAACAUGUGUCAGCAAGUCAUGGCUGUGCAGUGGAGGCCGGGAAUGUGCCGAUGGAAGUGAUGAAGAUCCAAAUUAUUGCACUAAUUGUAAUUCGGCUGAAGUUCGAUGUUUAAAUCCAGGCAAUGGACGACUCUGUGUUUCGAAAUCAUUGAUGUGUAAUGGUGUUAGUGAUUGUGCUGAUGGAAGUGAUGAACAUCCGAAGCAUUGUGCUUCUAUUUGUAAUUCGAAUGAAAUUCAAUGUGUAAAUCCAGGCAACGGACCAUUAUGUAUAUCUAAGUUAUCUAUGUGUAAUAGAGAUAGAGAUUGUGCAGAUGGAAGCGAUGAAGAUCCGAGUUAUUGUAGUAAGUAUAACAAUUAUGUUAUUUACUAUGUGUAA